CUGUGUUGUGUUUUGCGUUGCAAUUUGUAAAGGUCUCUCUCUCCAUGGAAUUCGUUAAACGCCGUGGGUUUUCGUCUCCUUUGAGAGCAGGAGAGUCUCUCCCUCUCUCUCCAUGGAAUUCGUUAAACGACGUGGGUUUUCCUCUACGUCUCCUUGGAGAGCAGGAGAGGAAGAGGUUUCGGAUACGAAGAGGAGGGAUUGGGCAUCACUGACUCCGCCGCUCCUUCUCGCCGUUCUCCGUCGCCUCGACAGCCUCGAGGACUUCUUCGCCUUCCGCGGAGUCUGCCGCGCGUGGCGAUCGGCGGGCGCCCCCUCCGUCGACGCCCUCGCCGGACAAUCGCCGCUCCUCCUCCUCACCCGUUUUCCCUCGUACACCGAGGCCUUCUUCGACCUCCCCCGUCGCCGUCUCUACCGCUUCCGGCUCCCAUGGAGCGUCCACUCGCGCCGCUCCCUCGCUUUCGUCCCCGGCGGCCACCUCGUCACCGCCACUCACUCCCCUAAAUCCAAGAUCCUCCUCUGGAACAUCUUCACCCAAUCUCAGAUCCGCCUCCCCACCGCCCCCUUACCCUUUCGCCGAGUCCUCCUCUCCUCCAACCCCGUCACCGCCGGCCACCACUGCGUCGUCCUUCUCUUCUCCAAGGGCGGAUCUUUAAUUCAAUACUCCCGCAUCGGCGACUCCCUCUGGACCAUCCGCGAUUCCGAUCCAAGCAUCGCAGACAUGAUCUUCUUCCGCGACGGCAAUCUCUACGCCCUCACCGCCACGAUGCAGCUCCUCGUCGCGGAUCUCUCCGCCGAUCGAGACUUCCACCCGUUACGCAACGGCAGUGCGGCCGCCCCCGCUCCCGCCUCCGCCCACUACGAGCAAUUUCUGGCCGAAGCCGGCGGCGACAUGCUGGUCCUGUGCCACAGAUUCCAGCGCGGUUUCGACGUUUUCCGAUGGGACUUCAAGCGCGGUAGAUGGGUGGAGGCGCUUGACUUGGGGGGAAGGGCUGUGUUCCUUGGAUCCACCGGCUUCGCCGGAUCGAUCGCCACCGGAACUGGAUUGGGGAUCAGAGGCGAUUGCAUCUACUACGUGGGCCGGCGGAAGGAUGCCUGGUACGUGUUCUCGAUGGAAGAGCAGACGAUCGAAGUGCUUUCUCCGGAUUCGCCGGGGUUGCUCAAAGGUGAGUCCGCAAUGGAGACGGUAUGGGUGCUCCCUAGCCUCUGCUAAAGCACAUGUGUUCUCAACCUGUUCGGCAAAAUGGUUAGCUGAAGUAUUUGGACUGUUAUCAA